UAAUUUCUUUGUUAAUGCCAAAACCCAAAACACAAAAAAGAACAAAGCAAAGGGGUGGGCACUAUGCACUAACAGAGUGUGAGAAAAGAAAGGCUAAAACCUUCACCCAAAAAUAGCCUCAUUUUUAAACCCCACCUUCCAAUUCUUCUGGAUUCCUAUGCUUUCUUCUUUCAAUUGCUCUAUGAUUAUCUAAGGUGUUGAGAUAGGGACUUAAAUUUUGCUGUUUGAAAGUAUUUGUGUGAGGAAUUGGAGUAGAACAGUAUUUGGCUAAGUGGGCAUUGUUAGGAAUUUCAUAUGGCGAGUUGUGGGUUGAAAUCCCUUACGUGUUCCGAUGCUGGAAGCUCGAGGGGGGUAUUGACUGUACUUGGAAGAAGGUUCCCUAUAGAGAAUCAAUUGGGUAGAAUUACUUCGGUGAAGUUUUUUGAUGAAAGGAAUGUUUCAGGGGUUAACGGGCACAAAAUGGCGGUGUCAUGUUCGUCUAAGUUCAAGUGCUCGUCGAAUUCACAUAGUGUUAGUAGAUCUAAUAACAAUGACCCAUUUCUCAAUCUUCACCCUGAAGUUUCGUUGCUUCGAGGGGGUGAUGUGAGCAGCAUGACGAACAGUUCAAAGAAUGAAGGUCCAAGUGGAAGCGUGACAGAUAGCUUAAGAGAGCCUUCCAGGGCUGAUAAUUUUAAUGAAGCUACUAUCAAAGUUAUUGGUGUAGGUGGUGGUGGUUCGAAUGCUGUCAAUCGGAUGAUAGAGAGUGCCAUGAAAGGUGUUGAGUUUUGGAUUGUCAACACUGAUAUUCAAGCCAUGAGAAUGUCUCCUGUUUUCCCGGAGAACCGCUUGCAAAUUGGUCAAGAACUCACACGAGGUUUAGGAGCUGGUGGGAACCCAGAAAUAGGAUCAAAUGCAGCUAAAGAAAGCAGAGAAGCUAUAGAAGAGGCCCUUCAUGGCUCAGACAUGGUCUUUGUGACGGCUGGAAUGGGUGGUGGCACUGGGACUGGUGCAGCACCUAUAAUUGCAGGGAUUGCAAAGUCUAUGGGUAUCUUGACUGUUGGCAUUGUGACAACCCCCUUUGCUUUUGAGGGUAGGAGGAGGGCAGUUCAAGCCCAAGAGGGAACUGCAGCUUUGAGAGAAAAUGUUGACACUCUCAUUGUCAUUCCAAAUGACAAAUUAUUGGCUGCAGUUUCCCCAAAUACACCUGUUACCGAAGCAUUUAACCUAGCUGAUGAUAUUCUACGGCAGGGUGUUCGUGGUAUCUCAGAUAUAAUCACGAUACCCGGUCUUGUGAACGUAGACUUUGCAGAUGUGCGGGCUAUUAUGGCAGAUGCUGGCUCUUCCUUGAUGGGGAUAGGAACUGCUACUGGUAAGACCCGAGCAAGAGAUGCUGCCCUUAAUGCCAUCCAGUCACCUUUACUAGAUAUUGGUAUAGAAAGAGCCACUGGCAUUGUGUGGAAUAUUACUGGUGGAAGUGAUUUAACUUUGUUUGAGGUGAAUGCUGCAGCAGAAGUUAUUUAUGAUCUUGUAGAUCCAACAGCCAACCUGAUAUUUGGAGCAGUGAUAGAUCCAUCACUUAGUGGUCAGGUAGCCAUUACUUUAAUAGCAACAGGGUUUAAACGUCAAGAAGAAGGUGAAAGCAGGCCCCUCCAGGUAAGUCAGCAAACACAGGGAGAUGGUGGCCCUGGAAUUAACCGACGGCCAUCUUUCAGUGAAGCUAGCUCAGUGGAAAUCCCUGAAUUUCUGAGGAAAAAAGGGCGUUCACGUUAUCCUAGAGCAUAAUUCAGUUGUUUCCAGCAAGUUUAAUCUGUGAUCCCUGAGAAGCAUUGCUAUUUAACCUGGAUAUAUAGUUUCUCUUUGUAGGUAGAAGUUUAUGCCUUUUAAUUUGCUGCUCUCUAGCGCGUACAUAACAGUCAUUUCCUUGUUUGAAAUAUAGGUUUUUGAAAUAAAAAGUAGCUCUUAAGUUAUUCUGUAUACCUUGAAAAAGUUAACUACGUUGUGUUUUAUGUGAUGAAUACAAAGAAUUCUUAAGAUUAUAUUGUAUCCAUAAUUGUUUUGCUGUGCUUU